GAGAACAGAAAAUGCCUUAGAGAAUUAGAAGCCAUCAGUAAAUUGAUAAAUUUCUUAGCCCACCCUGACUGGCAUGAUUUACAUGUUAUGUCUGUCAUGGUAAUAUCUAGUUUAUUAGAGGACAAAGAGAGUUUAGAGCAAAUAAAAGAAACUGGAGGACUAAAGAAGUUAAAAGAUGAACAUAGAGAUGAAAAUAUUAUACCAACAUUACCAGACGUCAAAAUGUCUGCUGCAAGAGCUAUUGCUCGAUCUGCUAGAAAUAGUGAAAAUCGUAAGAUGUUACAUGAACAGGAAGCUGAGAAGAUGUUGAUAUUAUUAUUAUCACAUGAAAACGUUGAUGUCCAGUCAGCAGCAGCACAAGCCCUGGGUAUUAUGUGUGAAAAUCUCAGCAGUAGGGAUUCAGUUAGAGAAAUGGAUGGUAUAGCUCCUUUAAUCAAGUUAUUAAACAGUGAAAAUGGUGAUGUGAAGGAAGCCUCUUCUUUAGCUUUAGCCAAUCUUACUACUUCUAAUACUCCCAAUGCAAAAGAGGUGAUGAAUUUAGGAGGAAUAGAACCAAUAAUUCAUCUACUAUCUGAUCAAAGGGAGGAAGCUGUUUCCAAUGCAGCCUGUGUUUUGACUAAUCUUGCUCAAGAUGAACAACUGCGUUCUGAUAUUAUUACUAAAGGUGCCGUCACUGCUUUAAUAGAGCCUUUAAAAUCUGGUAAUACUAUUGUACAAAGUAAAACAGCUCUAGCCUGUGCAGCUUAUUUGUGUGAUAUGGAAGCCAGAAAUGAGUUUAGAACAGCAGGUGGUCUAGAACCUCUGGUUGAAUACUUAAAAUCUGGUAAUGAUGAUGUUAGAAGAAGUGUAUCAUGGGCUAUUACUGUCUGUGGUGUAGAUUAUGCGUCUGCUGUAGAAAUCUGUAAAUUAGGGGGUUUGGGUAUAUUGCAAGAAAUUCAGUUAUCAGGUACCAGAAGAACACCAUUUACUGAUGCGGCUUUAGAUAGGUUAUUAGAUAGUAAUUUAUCUGCUAAAUAUGCUUUAUCUGGUGUUUUAGGUUAUAGUAAUUUGAUAGAAGAUGGGUUUUAUGAUCCUGGUCAGAUGAAGAAAGGAAGUAAAUUUUUAUCAUUAGAAGAUUUUUGUAAUCAAGAAUUAAACGAUAAAAGACCAAUUUUACUGAUAAAUCCUAAACCUGACUACAUAACUGAGAAAAAAAUAUGUGCCAAAGGUAUUGUUCUUGGGUUAAAAACAGAGAUUAACUAUAUGAAACAGCCAUUAAGUCAUCAGAUUUUUUCAAAUGAUCACUUUUGUUUGACCAGACUUUCUAUCAGAUGUUUGUACCAGAUUGCAGUUGUAUACAAAAUAAGUAUCAAAUCAAAGUCAGAAGAUUUAAAACCAGAAAGUUCUAAAACCAGUUUAUCUGGUAAAUCUUCACGUACUGGUAGAGAAUCCAAAAAAACCAAAGCUCAAAAAGAGAAAGAGGAGAAACAAAAAGAAGAACUUCAAGCACAACUCCAAAGAGAAGCAGAUGCAAUGGCUGCUACUGAAAGCCAUGAUUUUAUUAUGCCCUGUGAUCCUGGGUUAUUAUCUUACAUUGAUGAAGUCAUGGAGAAAAUACAACCAUUACCAACUUCUAGAGAACAAGUAAUUCAUUUAGCACAACUAGUAGCUGAUAAAAUGGGUGGACCAAUCGACAGAGGACAAGUUUCAAGUUUCAGUUGGGAAUUACCUUUAAGCCAGAUAAAAUAUGAACUGAAAUCUAAUGUGGUACCAAUUGGACGUUUGAAAGCUGGAAUACAUGUUCAUAGAGCUCUUUUAUUCAAGGCCUUAGCAGACCGUAUUGCUGUCAGUUGUACAUUAGUUAGAGGACAAUAUAAUAGAGCUUGGAAUGAAGUUAUGUUAUAUGAUGAACAUGAUAAUCCAGCUGCACCAAAAUUCCCACCAAAAGAAUAUAUUGUAGACUUAAUUCACCAGCCAGGAAAUUUGAUACCAAAAGAUUCCACAGAUGCAGUUUCCUAUCAAAAGAUAUAA